CAUAAAAUAAAUCAAAAUAAUAAAAUAACCCCGUUUUACCUGUUUUCUCACCUGAAUACAAACUAUCAAAUUUUGACAAUUGUCCGCGAAGUUGUGUCCUUCACACUACUUUAUACUAUUGAUUUGUGCUGGUGUCAUGUUCUUGGACAUUUUAAUACGAAAACAAAAGUUCAUAGAUAUAUUAUGAAAUAUAAUUUUAAGUUUGGACAACUAAUUUAUAAUGUCUACAUACAGGUAUAAAAUUGCCUGACAGAAAGUACUUUCUUAACUUCUGGACUGACUUAUUGUGGACACAAACUGAGUACGUUACAGUUUUCUUUUGUGAUAUAUAUAAAACCUAAGCUCGAAGUGUAAACCUGUUAAUUAUUUAGGAACCAAUUCACUGAGAGGAACUCUGGAAAAGCGCUUAUUUAUCAAAGUCAGAGGUAAUUAAUUUCAUACGUAGUUUUUUAUUCUCUGCUGGAGUUAUACUAUUUUUCUUUUUCACUUAACAACAAAAGCGUCGAGUAGAAAACGUUGUAAUAGAAAAUUGUGUUCGGUGUUGGCCGAGCGACUUUUACUAGCUCUACUUCACUUUUGUGAACUUUAUGUGGAAUUAAUUUGCAUAUGAGUGAGAAAAAGAAAAAUCGGUUAUUUACUUAUUAUGCAAAUUUAACAGCCAGUUGACUUGACCAAAAUAUUAAUUAGAGACUUAUUGCAGUACGAGAUAUCUAUAUCACAAAUUAACAGACGAAAGGUGGAAUUAGCGUGUCAUCACUGAAGUUGAAAUUAACCUACGUUUUACAGUUUUACGCAUUUUUGUUUCGGACAUCAAACUGUGGAUUACGGAAUUGGACAUCUCCAUCCAGUUAUUCAGCUAUGAGGAUUAAGAAAGGAAAUUUGUGUUGUCUCUUCCUAAUAGGACUUGUUAUUCAGAUAGGAGCAACGGAUCCCUGUACCACAAUAUCUUUUGGUAGCUAUGAAACUUUUAUACGAAACAUUCCCGAAGAUACUCCAGUUGGUUCUGUGAUCGGUAUAUUGGAUACUUAUGGCACUGAGAACGAGAUCACUUUACAACCAAUCAACAAUGCUAACCUUCGGCUAGAACUGCCAUCAAGGAACAUCACAUUACAACAACAACUAGACACAGACAAAGGGUCAAGUUCCCUAUCACUACGUAUACGAUGUACUCCAAAAACAGAGCCUUCUUCUACGGUGACUGUAACAAUUAGAGUACUCCUGGUCGAUGUCAAUGACCAUGCGCCGACCUUCUCACAAGAUCAGUAUACGGUAAACAUAAGUGAAGAUGCAGCCCCAGGUUCGACAAUUUUUAGAGAUGCAAAAGCUCAUGAUGACGACAAAUCUGGAGACGGCAAUGAUUUGUUUUCAUACAGUAUAUUACCUGGUCCAUUCUCGGAUUAUUUUGAAUAUGAAUAUCCGUUAUACCCAGAUAUAACACUGAAAAAGAAUUUAGAUUUUGAACAGACCACUUACAUGGAAUUAGAAAUCAUGGCAAAGGAUACUCCAGUUCGUGGAAGCAGUUUAAAUUCAACUGUAAAAUUACGGAUUAAUGUUAAAGAUGCUGAUGAUUUGAACCCUAAAUUUGUGUACGACCAGUAUUUUGGAACUGUUAGUGGCAAUUCAGUCCCGGGAACAUUGGUUACAGUUUCACCAUCAUCAGUUUCAGCGUAUGAUCAAGACACACUAAAUGCUGCCGUGAAGUAUGAGUUAACAGAUCCGAAAGGAAAGUUUACUAUCGAUGACCAGACUGGUACUGUAAGGGUAAACGGACCUCUAGGGAGUGACGCUAACGCCAUAGUCAUCUUAAAGGCAAUACAGACAGAUAACCCAUUUCGCUGGUGUAUAUCAACACUAGCUAUUGACAUAACUGGAGUACUACCACCACCAACCCAGAAUGAAACACUACGAUUUCAGUUUCAGCGGUAUAAUGUUACAUUGUCUGAAAGUACUCCUGUUAAUACAAUUGUAAAGUCCUUACAUCCCACUGGACAAAAGAAGGACAGUACUUUAUCAUACAGCAUAAUGGAAAAUCAGAAUAUUUUCAUCAUACAAUCAAGUGGCGAUAUUUUACUUGAAAAAGCUUUGGACUAUGAACAGAAUCAGUACUAUAAGAUCACUGUUACUGUUAAUGAUGGAGAAAAUACAGCCAUUACAAAAAUUAACUUUUAUGUGGUGGAUGUUAACGAUAACAGCCCUGUUAUUGGAACACCAACUGUUAGUCUGUCUGCAGAACGUGUAAAAGGGACGGUUUUAACUGUUAUUGAGGUUACAGAUAAAGACUCCAAUUCUCAGUUUACAUUCCAGUUGUUAAGUCAUACAAGUUUAUUUGCUGUCGACUUGAUUGGACAAGUUUCGAUAACUGGUUUACCAGAGGAGUUAAUCGAAGAAAAAUAUAUUUUGACUGUAUCUGUGAAAGAUAAUGGAGCACCUGUUCGUGAAAGCAUUGCCCUGGUAAUUGUAAAUUUUCCAGCAUCUUCACAACCAGUAGCCAAGGCAGCAAUUAUGACUGAGAGCAGUGAUAUUUUAGCAAUAGGUUUAGGUGCUGCAGCGGCGGUUUUAUUCAUAAUUGUUAUUAUACUUAUUGUAUACAUUAUAAGGAGACGCUUAUAUGCUGCUGAACAACUAGACCGAGUGAAACACCAACGAGGAAUGAAUCCACGUGGUUUAACAUAUAGACCUGGAGACCCUUCACCAGUCCCAUCUCAUUUUGAUUUGAAGUUCAAUGGCGACCUGGAAGAAACUUCUGAAAUAGAUGGAUCAACAACCAUUCAAGACAAUCCGUUGUCAGAUAGUCGUUAUCGAUAUGGUUAUCCAAAUUUAAAUGGUGACGUAGAUUUGGAUGCUGGUGAUGAAGAGAUUCAUAUUGACACUGCAGUUGUACCCUUUGAAAGAGAAGACUAUUUCAGGGGAAGUGGACGAAUGAAAACAUUCGGUGGCGGUCACGAGGAAUGCAAUAGUAGUGAUAAUAGUUACGCUAGCGACAGUACUGGGGAUAGUAACAAAGGACUCAUGAAAAACCUGAAGAAACAGGCUUUAGCGAAUGGGUCAGAUAAAAUAGGAAAUACUAACAGAAUACCUUCGUAUAUGUCGGACAGUGUGUUAGAUAGUAGACUGGGGCAGAAAUCAUCGAAAGACAAACCAGAAAUAACAGUUUACUUCUGAUACACAUCUAGAGACGACAUGUGCAAUAAUUUCAUUCCUAUGUAGGACAUAAAUAUUUUCAUACAUUAAGUCAGUUCAAUUACAUUAAUAAAUAUUUAUAGUCACGUUUACCUAAAUCCAGGUGCUAAAUUGUGAUUUGUUUACAUUAUAUCAGCAUAUAUUUAAGUUUGUUUCGUUAAUGUAAAUGAUAUUAUGAUCCUUUGCCGAUCAUGUAUAAUUUGUAGUUUACUUUGAUCUUUUAAAUAACAUAUAUAACAGUUUUCAGAAUUUUGUGAUAUUUUUGUACUGUAAUUUAUGAAUAUUAAUCUUAUAUUUCUAUAUAAUAUCCUUAAGUUUGAUAUAUAUAUUUUUUUCUCAUAGUAAGGUCUUUUGAAGAAAAAAUGUUUGGUUCACAUGUUUUCUUUUUAAAUAUGGUAGAUGCUGGCAUUUGCCAUAUGCACUGUCAAUAGGUAUAUCAAACACAUGUCUUGUUUGUUGGGAAUGUUCUACUUCAUGCAAGUAGUAAGCAAUAUGUUCUGUUAUUUCAAGUAUUUCCAAUAUGUGUGUAAAUUGAAGUAAUAUAGGUUUUGCUUAUUGCAACCAGCUUAACAAAAUCGUUCUCUAAUUUUCUUUUAAUCCCUGUGUUAAGAGAUUUUUAGUAGCUGUGUCCAUUGCAUUCGUUACACAAUGAACUUGUUGACUUUUGCCAUAGUUCACCACCCUGUAUACGAAUGUAUAUUAUAUUGCAUAAUCUUCUCGUCUUCAUAUUAUGAUAAAUUAUUAUUUUUCUUUUGUACAUUAACUUACUCUAUAGUUGAAAAACCACUUGUUAUUAAAUAAAACAAGAUUGUUUUUACGUCUUAUUUUUUUUUAUCUUUGUCUAGAAAGUCUCAUUUUGUUACAUGUGUCUUUUUUUAAGUUUUUUAUGGUUUCUACCCCUUUUACGUGUUAUAUGAUUAUGGCAGACAUGAAAUGAAUCAUAACAAAACUUAUUGAUUUUAUUGAGAUGACCAAAUUAACUUAUAGUAUAUUUUUCUAGGACAGACUUAAAGGGAUUUAUGAUCUUUCAAAGAAUUGUGAUUGACUGUGUAUCAUGUUGAUGCUCAGUGUUCAUAUGAAAUCUUUUAUCUUAACUGAAUGAUCAAUUCCACCCCUCCCGAAAAAAAAUUCAUGAAAAUAAUAAUCUUACUUCAUUUGCCGGGAUUACAGAAAAAAGUUAUUAAAAUUGUUUAAUUCUCUUUUUUCAAGCAAUGUAAUACACACCAUUAUUGAGACAAUUAAACUUUAUAAACAUUAAAGUAGUUUUUAUAUAAUUGUAUAUAUUUAUGUUUUUUUACAGAAAUCCUAUGACUUCUACGUUUAGAAGAUAUCUGAAGGUUUAUAAAAGUCAUUCAUUGAUUUCUGAAAUAGUUUCCGUUUUUAUUUCAUAUGUUUAACGGAAAUAAAAAUGUAUUAUUUAAAGUACAAUCCUUUUUUUCGAAGUGAGCAGAAACUAUUUUUUCUGACAUUCCCACAGCUACUGAAAUUUAUAGUUCUUUUUGUUUACUUUUGACAGAAUGGGUCAAAAGAGAUAGUAUUAUAUAUUUUAUUUCAUGUAAGAUGGUUGAUUAAUUAAACAGAUUAUUAAAU